AGAACAACAUUAAGCCCAUCUUUAAUUUAUACAAGGUUUGUCUUCUUUUCCGUGUUAGUCGUCGCCCCCCGGACGUGUGCUGCCACCCUGCCGGAUACCUACCUACAUUGCUGUCUCACAUUUAACCCCUCCGACACCAAGCAACGAGCCAACCUGCAUUCCAUCCUGGGCCCUGCAUCGUUGGAUUCUCUGUAGGGUCUUCGUCGACAGACCUUACCCGUCUUAGUUACUCACAAUGCGCCCGCCGUCAGGGCCUUCGGCGCUGCUGGCCGCGCUCGCCGCGCUCGCCCUCCCCGCCGCGUCCGCCGAGUCGCUCCAGCGCCGGGAUCUCCAGCCCCUCCCGCUGUCCACUCGGGACCAGUACAUCGUAGACUCCAAGAACGCGGCCGUCGUCAUGGUCGGCGUCAACUGGGCCGGCCACGAACGCGCCAUGAUCCCCGAGGGCCUGCAGUACCAGUCCGUCGAGGCCAUCGUCAAGAAGAUCGCCGAGACCGGCUUCAACUCGGUCCGCAUGACCUUUGCCAGCGAGAUGGUGGACGACAUCGUCGAGGGGGGCGGCGACGCCAGCCUCGAAGCGACCCUGAAGCGCGCCCUCGGCCCGGAGAACGGCACCGCCGUCAUGAGGCAGAUCCUCAAGAACAACCCCGGCUUCAGCGAAGGCACCAAGAGGCUCGAGGUCUGGGACGCCGUCGCCGCCGAGCUCGGCCGCCAGAACAUCUACCUCCACCUCGACAACCACGUGUCCAAGGCGGGGUGGUGCUGCAACCCCUACGACGGCAACGGAUGGUUCGGCGACACGUACUUUAACACGUCCAACUGGGUCCGGAGUCUGGCCUUCAUGGCGGAACACGGCAAAGCCGCCAAAUGGCCAUCCUUCUCCAGUAUGGGCCUGCGCAACGAGCUGCACGACCCCUUCUCGGCGCCGCCGGCGCCCAGCCUGGAGAACACGACGUGGACGACGUGGAAGACGCGCAUGGUGCAGGGCGCCAACGCCAUCCACGGCGCGAACCCGGACGUGCUCAUCUUCUUCGGCGGCCGCAUCUUCGACUUUGACAUCUCGGCGCCCGUCCAGGGCCGCUUCGGCAGCGAGCCCGGCUUCAACUUCUCGCUCGCCGAGCUGCCCUUCCGCGACAAGUUCGUCUUCGAGCAGCACCAGUACGACCAGGGCCUCGUCGACGACGCCUGCGCCAGCUACGGCGACAUCCUCACCGCCUUCGGCUCCAACGCCAUGACCAUCGCCGACGCCGGCUCGAACCGCGCCCCGCUCGUCAUGUCCGAGUGGGGCCACGAGCAGACGGACGCGAGCGCCAAGUACAAGGACAAGUUCCGCCGGUGCCUCAUGGACUUCAUGGUCGAGAAGCAGAUCGGCUGGAUGGUCUGGGUUCUCGGCGGGAGCUACUACACCCGCGAGGGCGUGCAGGACAAGGACGAGCCUUGGGGUAAGCCACCCCAGCAUCAUCACCGUCACCAUCACCAUCAUCACGUCCCCCCCCUUCAGAUGACGAGAGAAUAA